ACAACAACCCGGUUGCCAUUUUUCAUUAUCCAACUGAUCCAGUCCAGCCGGAUCUCAGCUUCAGUGUGUCGGAGCUCCAACCCUGGACCUUCCAGAAACCCAGCAGUGAAUUACAACUAAACAGGGUGUUUUAUCGGGGAGAAGACCGAGGACACAAGUGUAGGGCUGAUAUUAAUAAAGGAGAUAUAACUUACUCAGGGCCAAGUGUCUACCAUGAACCCUGAAUACGACUACUUGUUCAAACUGCUGCUGAUUGGAGACUCUGGAGUCGGGAAGUCCUGCCUUCUGCUCCGAUUCGCAGAUGACACAUUUACAGAAAGCUACAUCAGCACCAUCGGUGUCGACUUUAAAAUACGGACAAUAGAGCUGGACGGGAAGACGAUCAAACUACAGAUUUGGGAUACGGCGGGUCAGGAGAGAUUUCGCACCAUCACCUCCAGCUACUACAGAGGAGCCCACGGGAUCAUCAUCGUCUACGACGUCACAGAUCAGGAAUCGUUCAACAAUUUGAAGCAGUGGCUGCAGGAGAUCGACCGCUACGCCAGCGAGAACGUCAACAAACUGCUCGUGGGCAACAAGUCUGACCUGACCACCAAGAAAUUAGUGGACUACACUACAGCUAAGGAGUUUGCAGACUCUCUGGGAAUCCCGUUCCUUGAGGCGAGCGCAAAGAACGCCACCAACGUGGAGCAGGCCUUCAUGACCAUGGCGGCAGAGAUUAAGAAGAAGAUGGGGCCGGGCGCCGGUACGGGCGGGGCCGAGAAAUCGAACGUCACGUUCCACAGCCAGCCGGUGAAGGCGUCGAGCGGAGGCUGCUGCUGAGUCCUGAACCCGCACCGAAUACACAACGCACAAAGGGAGAGGGAUGUUACCUGCCAUCAUACUGCAGAGCGGACGCACAGCGGAGAGGGCGUGUGUGUGAGAGGGCGUGUGUGUGAGAGCACAUGGAGAGAUGUAAAGGAUGAUAAUAAUCAAGAUUUCCUUUUACACCAAGCUGCACCUUUUAAUUUGUAAUUUUUUUUAAAUCCCAGAUUUAGAAAGACUAGGUUAUCGAUCGAUCUGAUGAUUCAUAGAUUUCUAUAUCGUUUGCAAAUCAGUCAAAACUCAGUCAUCCAGGACUGUAGCUACGUUAACAAGCCGCAACAAACUCUAAAGAAGUAAACACCGAACCCUGAACAUCUUCAACACUGAAAUGUUCACUAGUGCCCACGUUUAUUUCCCCUACUGAUCGUUCAUUAUUGUUAACAGUUCCUCGUUAGCCGUGUCAAACAUUUAACACUUACAGCACGUGUUCAAUUUCUGUAAACACCAAAGUGCAUCAUGGGUAUUGUGUACCCUGUGGAGUAUAUCAGUUCAACACUAACCUUAAGCAGUGCAUUAAUGGAUUUCCUUACUCUACUGUAUAUGGGCUGUUUUAGAUGUUUCAUCUGCCAAUCAGAGCAAACCUGGGAGCAGGAGCAGCUGUGAUUGGUUGAGAUGCUGAACAACAGGCCUUUUUCAUUUAAGUCUUAUCAGGACCUGGAAAAAACAGACCGAAUUUUGACAAAACAUUAUUUCCCCAAUGAUUUCCUGGAUCAGGAUAAUUUAGCUAUAAAAUAUUUAAUGCUGUAUAUUUUCAGUCCAACAAUGAGCAACUGAGCAAGGGAGGCAGGUAACUGAUCACCAGCGCGUUAGCGAGACACUUAAACAUAUCCUUGAUAGCACCAUGGGUCCCAUAGUGCUAUGUCUUCACUAAAUUGGGCACAAAAAAUUAUUUGCCAUUAUUGGUUCAGCUCGGUUUAGUACCGAGUACUCCAUUUGGUUUGAGAGGUACCUUACAAUAAAACGUCAAUAAACUUUUUUUUUUUAAGAAUGUUAAAACACAGCUUGUAGACCCUUUUACAAUUACGUCCUUGAGAAACCAGGCCAAGCCACAGUGGCCAUGCUGUACGAAGUUCUGAUGCCUCUGCCCUUUUUUUUUUUUUU